CUUCGCUGUAAGACUCUCAGACUUCUUAAGGCUCAGAGGGCUAGAUCAUCUCCUCGAGCUUUGUUCCAUCACGCGAAAGUCUGCAGGGACUCUCAAUUCAAUGCUCCUUGGCUAUGCUCCUGCCUGACGACAACGAUUUUUCUGUCAACAGGCCAGCGCGCAAGCUCAAGCUUGGGAUGAAGGCUUGCUGAGCUACAGCUGCCUAAAAUCUGAUUGUUAUAUUGGAAGCUACAGUGUCGUCACUUGACAUCCUAUGAAAAGGGUUCCAGCCGCUACAGGCCCACAGCAGUCGUGAGGCCAUGCGCACCCCUGACUCGAAUGACAUCGUGAAAUACUACCAAUGCAUGGAGCAAUUCCAGGGGAUUCGCCUGAUCCUAUGCCUCGUCGAAUGGGCUCCUUUACUUGCGAUGUGCAUUUCAUGCCAAACGGCGGAUUCAGACACGUCUGCUUGAUCCUACCUCCUGUGCGCAAUCGACCGAAUCUCUUCUCAAGACUCUCACAAGCUUUCGCGCCAGCCAUUAGCAUAGCGAGAAUGCAUUAUCGCAACUCCUCAUCACUGAUGACAUUCACGUUCACACUUGUUUCACUCUUGUUAUUGGUCAUGCACCUGGAGCUGCAGCAUGCAGCAGCCGAAGCUGGCCGAUCUAAUGGUCAAAGCUCCCACCGUGGGCAGGAAAGUGCUGUCGAUACGCGAAGCAAAAAGCCCGGUCGCGGAGAAGGACAAUCGACAACCGGUGGAGUCAGCACCUCAGCGACUGUAGCGUCGGAUCUUCCACAUGCAGUGGAAGGCAUUGACUACUUUCCACUUGCCGCAAUUGACGGGGUGCGCAAAUGCUACAAUGCAACGUUCUUGAUCUCGCAUAUCCACACAUUUAAGGAAGCUCCAGAGUUCUGCGCAAUGGACGAGCCACACCGUCAAAACCACAUUACGGAAGUAUGUGAAUCGUGGUGUUUCAAGGAACAUGCAGCUUACAACAAUUCGCACACCAAUUACAUCAAAGGGCACGUCAGAAGUGACACAUGCAUCCAGAGCUUCAACAUUCAAAUCACGAAAGAAACCAUUCCUGACAUGGCUUCUGCUUUUCCGGACCCAUGUGCGUUCAGCUGUCGGUGCAAUUUAUUCAAUUAUGUCGAGCGCAUCAAGAUGCCAUAUUUGAGUCGCAUGGGCCAAGUGUUCGAGCUGUCGCCCUCCAAACCGAAGUCUUACUGGCCUCAUGUUGUGGAACUUUCAUGGAAACGUUCAAACCCGACUGGCACAUCGACCAGGAGGUGUCAUUACGAAGAUCUUUUCGAACAAGUUGGUUGGACGUCGGAUAUCAAGCGUUCCGAGGGAGACACUCCGGCAACAGUCAAAUGGCAGGUCGAGUGUCAAGUGAGUGCACAAAAUCUACCCUGCGACAGGGUCACUUGGAAGCGGCAUUGCUACUGUAGGCCAAAUAAUGCCAGACACUUGUUUCGACCCGGACAAUGUGAAGAUGGUCACGAAAAUCCCAGGCCACCUAAAAGGAAGAAGUCAAAAGCAAAGAUGCAGAUUUUGGAUGCAGGCGGCGCUAAGCCAGUAGAUCAAUGCAUCGCGCCUAUUGCCCACGGAAGUACUCCUGCCAAUAAUGCAUUUCGAGCGGACGCAUCGAGUUCAGGCCAAGCAGCAUUGGCGGGCAACAGUGCAAAACCUGCCAUGGCAGACAUGCGACUGGAUCCAAAUGACUGGGAGGAAUGGAUAGCAACAAUGUCGAAUGUGGAGCAGAAUCCAACGACCGGACUACCAGUAGAUCGGAACGUCGUGACAAUGCAGUCUUGCAACAAUCAUGGUCUCUUCAACCAUCCAGGGUUUGAACAACCGCAUGCAGAUAUAUGCGUGGCUCCGAGCCAUGAAGGCCAAAUGCAAGGGAGUCAUGAUGAAGGAAGUGAUGACAGUCAGGAUGGUUCGCAAGACGACGAAGCUGACUCUUACCGGCGUCCCUUGCACUUCAUCUAAUGGAAGGGUCUCUUUUCCAGCCGCAGAUCAUUGAAUUUCUACCUAGCCCUGGCAUUCAGCACCCUUGGACCUACUGUCGGAGGUGAUGCUCUUGUUCAGGCCAUCAACUGUCGUACCUUGCUUUUAUCGUUCAGCGUAACGCACGCAUUCGAAUUGGAGUUCCGCUCCUAUUUAGCUCCAGAUAUCGUAGUAUUCCUAUCAUUUACGC